GGCCGGCCACCUGCCACCCUGUGCCUCGGUCCCCGAGGUCCCAAAUGGCGGCAAGUAGCUCUGGGGAUGGAAUGUACCGCGACCGUCGUUUUAUCUACUAGAAGUCAUUCUCCUCCGCAAUCAGCUUGAUCUCAGAUCUGUUGUUCUGACCUUUAUUCCCAUUGCAUACGCAUCGUAGCUCAUCCAUCGCAACAGCCACUCUCUCUAUUUUUCCCCAUAUUUGAACUCAGAGCUUCUACACACGAUGGCGGCGGAUCAACUGCGCUAUGACGGUCAGGUUAUCGUCGUCACCGGCGCCGGCGGUGGUCUCGGGAAGGCGUAUGCUACCUUCUUCGGAUCGAGAGGUGCGAAGGUCGUUGUCAACGACCUCGGCAGUUCUUUCAAGGGCGAGGGCAACUCGACAAAGGCUGCCGAUGUUGUCGUCGACGAAAUUAAGAAGGCCGGCGGUCAAGCGGUUGCCAACUACGACAGCGUCGAGAAUGGAGAGAAGAUCAUCGAGACGGCCAUUAAGAACUUUGGCCGCAUCGAUGUUUUGAUCAACAACGCCGGCAUCCUCCGCGAUGUUAGCUUCAAGAACAUGAAGGAUGACGAUUGGGAUUUGAUCACCAAGGUCCACAUCAAGGGAGCAUACAAGUGUGCGCGUGCCGCAUGGCCAUACUUCCGCAAGCAAAAGUACGGGCGUGUCAUCAACACGGCGUCCGCAGCCGGUCUGUUUGGCAGCUUCGGUCAGGCCAACUACUCGGCGGCGAAGCUCGCCCAGGUUGGCUUCACUGAGACCUUAGCCAAGGAGGGUGCGAAGUACAACAUCAUCUCCAAUGUCAUUGCACCCAUUGCCGCGAGUCGCAUGACCGAGACGGUGAUGCCCCCUGAGAUGCUCGCUAACCUGCGGCCUGAAUGGGUUGUUCCGCUUGUCGCUGUUCUGGUGCACAAGAAUAACACGGACGAGAACGGCAGCAUCCUUGAGGUUGGUGGCGGCCACAUUGCCAAACUCAGAUGGCAACGAUCGAGCGGGCUUCUGCUCAAAGCUGACGACAGCUACACCCCCGGCGCUAUUCUGAAGAAAUGGGACAAGGUUGUCGACUUCUCGGAACCCCAAUACCCCAGUGGCCCCAACGACUUCAUGACACUCCUCGAGGAGUCAAUGAAGAUGGGUUCUAGCGACAAAGGCGAGACUUUGGACUUUAAGGGUAAAGUUGCCGUGGUCACAGGUGGUGGUGCCGGCAUUGGCCGAGCUUACUGUUUAGCCUUUGCGAAGCACGGAGCGUCCAUUGUUGUCAAUGACUUGAUGAACCCCGAUACUGUUGUGGAAGAGAUCAAGAAAAUGGGUGGCAAGGCCGUUGGUGUCAAGGCAUCUGCGGAAGACGGCGAUUUCGUCAUCAAGGGUGCCAUGGAUGCCUUUGGCCGCAUUGAUAUCCUCAUCAACAACGCGGGUAUACUGCGGGACAAAGCCUUCACCAAUAUGGACGACAACCUGUGGGAUCCUGUGAUGAACGUCCACUUGCGGGGUACCUACAAGAUGACCAAGGCAGCAUGGCCGAUUAUGCUGAAACAGAAGUAUGGUCGUAUUGUGAAUACUACCUCGACCAGCGGCAUCUACGGUAACUUUGGGCAAGCAAACUAUGCUGCUGCGAAAUGUGGUAUCCUCGGGUUUUCGCGAGCGAUCGCUCUUGAGGGUGCCAAAUACAAUAUCUACACUAACACUAUUGCACCCAACGCCGGCACGGCUAUGACGGCCACCAUUCUGCCCGAGGAGCUGGUUCAGGCCUUCAAGCCCGACUACAUAGCGCCUCUCGUGCUGGCCCUAUGCAGUGACAAGGUGCCGAAGAAGCCAACAGGCGGUUUGUAUGAGGUCGGCAGUGGCUGGUGUGGCCAGACGAGGUGGCAACGAACGGGUGGUGCUGCCUUCCCUGUGGAUGUUCCUCUCACUCCAGAGGCCGUUGUCAAGCAAUGGGAGAACGUGGUCAAGUUCGAAGAUGGUCGCGCAGACAACCCAGAAUCGACGCAAGAGGCGGUGCAGAAGGUCAUGGCGAAUAUGGAGAACAAGAGCGGAGCGUCUAAGUCGAGUUCCGCGCCGUCAAGUCAAAGCAACCAGUAUCUCGAAGCCAUAGCUAAAGCCCAAGCCGCGGAGUCACCCGAGACCAUCUUCAGCUACACGGACCGCGACAGCAUACUCUACAACCUCGGCGUCGGCGCCACACGCACCGAACUCCCCUACGUCUUCGAAGGUCACGAGGACUUCCAGGUCCUCCCCACCUUCGGCGUUAUUCCGGCCUUCGACGUCAAUGCGCCGUACUCCAUGGACGAGGUGGUGCCCAAUUUCAACCCCAUGAUGCUCCUACACGGCGAGCAGUACCUCGAGAUCAAGAAGUGGCCCAUCCCGACGGCCGCCAAGACCAAGAACUACGCUAAGCUGCUUGAGGUCGUCGAUAAGGGCUCCGCUGCCGUCUUGAAGGGAGGCGUAACCACCCUCCACGCCGAGACGGGCGAGCCGCUUUUCUACAAUGAGAGCACCGUUUUCCUUCGCGGGUGCGGCGGUUUCGGUGGGCAGCGUAAACCCCAGGAUCGCGGCGCCGCGACGGCGGCCAAUGCCCCGCCCAAGCGACUGCCGGAUGUGGUUGUGGAGAGCACCACCACCGAAGAGCAGGCGUGCGUGUACCGUCUAAGCGGCGACUACAACCCCUUGCACGUAGACCCGAAUUUCGCCAAGAUGGGCGGGUUCAAGAGGCCCAUUUUGCAUGGACUGUGCUUCAUGGGCAUUGCUGGCAAGGCUGUCUUCGAAAGGUUCGGGCCGUACAAGAAUAUCAAGGUACGGUUUGCGGGGACGGUGAUGCCCGGGGAGACGCUGGUCACGGAGAUGUGGAAGGAGGGCGGCAAGGUCAUAUUCCAGUCGAAGGUAAAGGAGACGGGGAAGUUCGCUAUCACGGGGGCGGCUGCGGAGUUGGUCGAUGCGGCGGGGAAGAAGGCGAAAAUUUAAGGAAUGGAUGGCAUGGCAUGCCGCAUAGCAUGGGAUGUGUACGAAAUGAAGAGGUGGAACAUGUAGCCUCGGUACGAUGUCUCUGGUUGCCCGGUCUUGCUAAUACUUUGACUUUGGAAUAAAUAGGGCUUGUACUUUGCAAUGGGAAAA